AUGGCUACUGAAAGCGCUACUACUUCUGCGACUGUUGCGGCAACAAGCCGAACUGUUGUGCCACCGGCAGAAAAACCGGGGAAAUUUUCUGGAGCCAAUUUCAAAGGAUGGCAGCAAAGGGUGUUCUUUUGGCUUACCACUCUUGGUAUGCUGAAGUUCACCAACGAAGACCCUCCUGUGCCUGCUGCUGAUAUGCCAGCCAAUGAAAAAUUUAUGAUUGCUGAGGCAUGGAAACAGGCGGAUUUUCUAUGCAAGGGCUACAUCCUAAGUGCUUUGGAGGAUGAUUUGUACAAUGUCUACAGUGCUAUGAAAACUUCUAAAGAAUUGUGGGAUGCACUUGAGAAGAAGUAUAAGACUGAAGACGCAUGCUUGAAAAAAUUUGUGGUUGCCAAGUUUCUAGACUAUAAAAUGAUAGACAGCAGAACCGUUGGAACCCAAGUUCAAGAGCUUCAACUUAUUUUUCAUGACCUUAUCGCUGAAGGCAUGGUAGUUAACGAAGCAUUUCAAGUGGCUGCAAUGAUUGAAAAGUUGCCUCCUUCGUGGAGAGAUUUCAAAAAUUAUCUAAAGCACAAGCGCAAGGAAAUGAAGUUCGAAGAUCUUGUGAUUCGUCUCAAGAUUGAGGAAGAUAACAAAACAGAGCGAACAUCGUUGAAGAAGCUUCUCCAAAGAAUAAGAAAAGGAAGAAACCUUUUGGAAAGAUUAAGGAGCAGAACAAGAAAAAUUUCAAGGGCAAUUGCUGCAAUUGUGGGAAAGCAAAAGGACAAGGGAAAGGGACAAGCCAAUAUGGUGGAGAAGAAUGAUGACAUGGAUGAUCUGUGUGCAAUGCUAUCGGAGUGCAAUUUGGUUGGAAAUCCAAAGGAGUGGUGGCUUGAUUCUGGUGCCACUCGACAUGUUUGCGCUGUAAAAGAAGCAUUUGCAACCUAUGCUCCCGCUGGAUCCGAAGAGGAACUGUUUAUGGGAAAUACUGCAACAGCCAAAGUUGAAGGAUAUGGGAAGAUACUUCUGAAGAUGACUUCCGGCAAGGUGCUGACUCUCAACAAUGUUCUGCACGUUCUAACAAUUAGGAAAAAUGUAGUUUCAGCCGGACUACUCAUCAAAAACGGGUUAAGUGCUGAGGAUGAAGCAAUUGAUGCAUUUAAUCAAUACAAAAACGAAGUGGAAAACCAAUUGAAUAAAAAGAUAAAAAUGAUUAGAAGUGAUAGGGGUGGAGAAUACGAAUCUCCUUUUGCAGAGAUAUGUUUAGAAUAUGUCAAAUGGAAUUGCGGAAAGAAAAAACCGAACAUUAAAGGAAAUGAUGAAUGCUUUACUAAUAAGUUCCAGUUUACCGCAGAGCUUGUGGGGGGAAGCUAUCCUUACAGCUAA